GUCUCUACAGACUGUACAGUUUGUUCAGGGGAUUUUCGUGGAGAAAUAUGACCCGACAAUAGAAGACUCGUACAGAAAGCAAGUGGAGGUGGACGGACAGCAGUGUAUGCUGGAAAUUCUGGACACUGCAGGGACGGAACAAUUCACAGCCAUGAGAGAUCUGUACAUGAAGAAUGGCCAGGGCUUUGCGUUAGUGUACUCCAUCACAGCCCAGUCCACCUUCAACGAUCUGCAAGACCUACGAGAGCAGAUCCUCAGAGUCAAAGACACUGACGAUGUUCCGAUGAUUCUGGUGGGUAAUAAAUGUGAUCUGGAGGAUGAGCGUGUUGUGGGGAAGGAACAGGGGGCAGAACCUGGCCAGACAGUGGAGCAGCUGUGCUUUCCUGGAGUCCUCCGCAAAGUCCAAGAUCAACGUCAACGAGAUCUUCUAUGACCUGGUCAGGCAAAUCAACAGGAAAACCCCAGUACCUGGGAAGACACGCAAAAAGUCCAACUGUCAGCUCCUCUAAUACACAGCUGCUCUGUCGCACUGAGCCAGGUCUGAUUUGCUGCUGUCUCUCUCAGCAGUGCCAGCAUUCCGACGUUACUAAAACCUAACAUGGAAUGGACUUUCCUGUGUGGUGACGCCCCUUUUAACAUCAACAACCAACAAACAAACCGACCAACGGAUUCAAAGCUACAACACAUCAGUUUUUACACACAGAUUAACCAUUAUCACUCUCCAGUGUCACGAGAACAAGAUUUCUACAUAGACAUAUAGAUAUUCCAACUGUAUGCAACUGAAAUGGAAAGAUUAAGUUCAUAAAAUAAAACGAAAUAGGUAAAUCAGUCAAUAUGAACCAAAAUAAAAUCCCGAUCCCUACACACAGUGUUAUUGCUAACGGAGACAGUAGCCGUAGAAACGGAUGUCUAACCAGAAUGUGCACGUUGCCACGGUGAUGCGGUAUUUAUAAACACCUCUAUAUUAGCCAGAGAGAAAAAGACAAAGUCCCAAAGAGGCACCUUAUAUAGUUCAGUUCAUACAGAUAACUUGCUCCUGGGGGUUUUAUUUUCUAACUUUUUAUUUUUAUUUUCCUUCGAUCAUUCAACAUCAUUUCUCUGUCUUUUUCUGUCUUUUUUUUUUUAAAUGACUAGUUUUGUCUCUACUGAGAGAUGCUAUACUGCGACAGCUAUUGAUGUGAGUUUUAUUUGAGGAGUAAACCUGUGGCUACAACAGUUAUUAUGAUUAUUAUAUCUGAGUUUUAUUUGAGGAGUAAACCUGUGGCUACAACAGUGCUGAUUAUAUGUGUAAAAAGAGGAAAACAAGUAUCAUGUUUUUUCAGUAACUAUCAUAUUGUCUUUUAGCCUGAUGAUGUUGCCUUCAAAUAGGGGUUUUUUUUCUUUCUGGAGAAUCUAUCUAUGAUCCAAUCAUCUUUCUAUGUCUUGCCUGGGUUUUCUUGCGUCUGAAAUGGCACCCAAGUGUAUUAUAUUUGACCAGAGCCCAAUGGUUUCCCUAUUGGUUUCCCCUAUUGGUUUCCCCUAUUGGUUUCCCUAUAGGUUUCCCUAUUGGUUUCCCUAUUGGUUUCCCUGUGGGUUUCCCUGUGGGUUUCCCUGUGGGUUUCCCUGUUGGUUUCCCUAUUGGUUUCCCUAUUGGUUUCCCUAUUGGUUUCCCUGUGGGUUUCCCUGUUGGUUUCCCUGUUGGUUUCCCUGUUGGUUUCCCUAUUGGUUUCCCUAUUGGUUUCCCUAUUGGUUUCCCUAUUGGUUUCCCUAUUGGUUUUCCCUACUGGUUUCCCUCUUGGUUUCCCUAUGGGCCCUGGUCAAAAGUAGUACACUAUAUAAGGAAUUAGGGUGCAAUUUUGGAGGCAGCCCUUGUGUUGUUUACAAAGAUGUUUGUACAGUGGGGUUUUUCAAUUGGGGUUGUGGUCAAAGAGGGACUGGACAUUUUAACAAGCGACCAAACUUCUGAGACACCAAUGGCCGACGUGACUGGGCGAUCCUCAUCAUGUUUUUUUAUUUUUAUUUUUACUUUAUCCUUCCAAGGCCGUCUCUCAUUGGUUGGUUUGUCCAGUUAGCCAAUCCCCUCUCAUGGAAUCUGCGAUCUACAACAGGAAGUAUAGAUUUUCUUUAUUUUUUAAAUUAGGGUUUUUAAUACGAAAAAAAUAAAUAAAAUAAUGUCAUUGGUGAUGUCAUUCUCCACACUUCUGUUGUUGUAGAGCAGUGUUUCCCAAACUAGGUCCUGGGGACCCCAAGGGGGACACCUUUUGGCACUGCACAGCUGAUUCAAAUAAUCAUGCUUGAAGAUGAUUUGAGCAAUCUGUGUAGUGCUAGGGCAAGAACCAAAACAUGUACCCAGGGGGGGGGGCCCAGGACCGAGUUUGGGAAACGCUACUGUAGAUUCUCACUGUACUCCCUCUCCUUUUCUAAAACAGCCUCUCUCCCCUUCUCCCUCCCUCCCACAGCCCCUAUCUCCCCCUGUCCCCUAGCCUCUUUCCCCUAUCUCACUCCUCUCCCCUAGCCCUCCCCCCGCCCCUCCCCCUCUCCCCCAGCCCCUCCCCUCUCUCCCAGCCCCUCCCCCUCUCUCCCAUCCCCUCCCCAUCUCUCCCAGCCCCUCCCCCUCUCUCCCAGCCCCUCUCCCCCAGCCCCUCCCCCUAUCUCCCAGCCCCUCCCCCUCUCCCCCAGCCACCUCGCCAUCUCUCCCAGCCCCUCGCCAUCUCUCCCAGCCCCUCCCCAUCUCUCCCAGCCCCUCCCCCUCUCCCCCAGCCCCUCCCCAUCUCUCCCAGCCCCUCCCCAUCUCUCCCAGCCCCUUCCCCUUUCCCCCAGCCCCUCCCCAUCUCUCCCAGCCCCUCCCCCUCUCUCCCAGCCCCUCCCCCUCUCCCCCAGCCCCUCCCCCUUGCUAAUGCAUCUGUUGUCAGCUGAGGACAUGAAAACCAAAUAUUGGAUCCUGUCAGUAAAGAAACUUGCCUGUUAGUGACUAUUUCACCUGUGUAAUACUUGGUUUGACCUGUUUCCUGUCAGUCUGUCAGAUGAUGAUGAUGGUGAUGAAGAGUAACCGUGUGGGGUUGUUAUCUGUUCUAUAGUGAAUGUGGGGGGAGGGGGGACAAACUAAUGUGUUUGAAGCAGCAGGGAAUAAGACUGAAAUACAAUAAGAACCACAGCAAUGUAGAGAUGAUGAUGAUGAUGAUGAUGAUGAUGGAGGAGGAGAAACAGGCAGAACUUGGAUGAGACGGGGGGGAGGGUACGUCCCUAAUGGCACCCUAUUCCCUACAUAGGGCACUACUUUUGACUAUAGCCCUAUGGGCUUAGGUUGCCAUUUGAGAUGGGGAGAGGGGGGGGGGGGGGGUUUAAAGUUGCACGUUUGUUGUGAGUUGCGUGACCUCUGUUGACCUCUUGUAAGAGAAUGCCUUUGUCGCUUUGUGUUGCUGUGAUGAUAACCAACAGCAUCAGUCCUGGUGGACAGACCGUGUGUACCAUGUCCCCUCACAGAGCCACAGUAUUGGAAAUGCAACGUCAUCUGCCUAUUAAGGGGGAGGGGCUGGGGAGGGACAAACAGAGGGGGCGUGGCCAAAUGUAAACUAAAAAGCCUUAAUUGAAGUGGUGUAUUUUGUAUAACCCAGCAUCUGUAGUUCAAUAAAUUGGAUUGCCAUGCAAGGGCGUUGCCAUGACGCCGGCCCGCC